GGAAGUGAAUGCUAGAGGUAACGAAAGUCGUUGAUUGUCGGCAACUCACAAGCCACUUUCAGAGGCGCCGGGCUGCCCAGAGGUUACGGGGCAGAGUUUCUUCAACUCUCCACUGCUUCUAUUUUAAAACAGGCUUCCAGCUAUGUCUGCUGUGGUGGAUCUAAAGACGAAAGAGGAGAAGGAUGCUGAGUUGGACAGAAGGAUCGAAGCUUUACGGAAGAAGAAUGAGGCUUUGGUCAAGAGAUAUCAGGAAAUACAGGAAGAUAAGAUAAAGGCAGAGCAAGAGGGCAUCGCCGUGACAACGACUCGCAAACCCCGCCCUCAUGAGCCUGAUUCAGAACGGAGAAAGGUGGAGAAAGAGAACUUCACUGUGACCGUCGACAUUUCCAAACCGACUGGGGAAAAGCAUGUGGUGAAUGACGGAAAACCAGCUGCUCAUUAUGGUGAUAAUGGCCUAGAAGAAGAGGAAUCUGGUCGGCCUCUCGGCGAGGGCCCCUCCUAUAGAACAGGGUCAGGCCGGAUGAGCAGAGGUGGCCAACGCGGCGGAAGAAGAGAACCUAGGCCAAACAAAGGUGAACCACGGGUGGACAGGCCACCUCAGGAUGGAGAAGGUGAAGAAGGCCCUGCUCAUACUGAACGGCCCUGUAGAGGAGGACGCAGAGGAGGGAGAGGUGGAGGAGGAACACAAGGAGGAUCUGGCUCUGAUAGGAAAUCAAAGGAGUGGGAAGAGAAGAGAAGGCAGAACAUAGAGAAGAUGAAUGAAGAGAUGGAACAGAUUGCUGAAUAUGAGAGAGGUCAAAAGGCUGAAAGAGAGAAGAACCCCACACGGCACUUCCUGGAUGAUCCACGGCGCAGUGGACCGAUACCAGACACUGACCGCAAGGAGGGCAGCAGACGACAUGUGCGCAACUGGGGUGGUGUCGACUUUGACAAUGUGAAGACUGGGCCUGAGGUUGAGAAAGAAUGGACGAAUCGUAGGCCAAGUAGUAAAGGAUCAGUAGAUAUGACACUGUCCAUGACGGGUCGAGAGAGAGCCGAGUAUCUCCGCUGGAAGAAGGAACGUGAGCAGAUUGAUGAGGAACGAUUGGCUCGACAUCGUAAUGCCACCGGCCAAUGGAGACGAGAGUGGGAUGCCCAGAAAACAGACACAAUGUUUAAGGAGGGCUCAGCUGUGGCCGGAGAGGGCACACCAGAUCAAAGUAUUAAGAGAGCAGCUAGAGGGUGCAAUGCCCAUGUAAAGCAACGCAGUGGAUCUUCAGAAGACGGUAAGAGGCCGCCUAAAGCCCAAACCUUCGGGGACUUCUUGGGGCAGAGCAAACCCAGACAAGGAGGCCGUGAGAGAGGGAAGGGUCGGGGGCAAGGCAAGAACUACAGCAUGCAUGAUAACCGGUGGGAAGGAGAAAAUGAAGAGGAGAAAGGGAGAAAGGAGGAGCAAGAGACAGAAAAGGAAAAGGACACGGAGCAGGACAAUGAGAAAGAAGAUCAGCCCAAAGCUCCAUUAUCAGAGAAGACAGUUGAUGGAGGACUUACUGCAGAAGAAGACGAUGAGUGGGAGGAUGCCAGUGAUGGAGAGGAAGGCUAUGAGGAAGAGGAUGAAAAAGCAGAGCAUGGAGCAGACAAAGAAUCCCUAAAAGAUGUUAAAACAACAAAAAAGACCCCUACCUCUUCUGCACCCUCUACUCCAAGCCCGAGAGAGCAGCGAACUCCCAGACCCAAAGUCCCCUCACCAAAGGAAACGCUUAGUAUGCCUGAAGGGCCCAAGCCCCUCAGCCCCUUCUCCCAACUGGAGGGCCACCAGCCAGUGUCAGACUGGGGUGAGGAAAUGGAGACACUUUCUCCUAGGAGUAGCCUGGGUGAGAGCCCUCUGAGGCCCAGCAGCAAUGAAAGCAGCCCCGCCCAGCUGAAGAGCAACGAGGCUGAUCGUGACACUACUACCACCCCUAACCAGCCAGAAGAACCAGAUAAAAAGGAAAGCACGUCUACAGUGGUGGAGUCUGAUAUCUGUGAAACCCCAAAAGAGGCUGUACCAGCUGAAUCUAAUAACACUGCCUCAAGCAGCCAAGAUACAGCUGAUCCCGUAGUGCCGCCCACCCCAGACCACACCAGACAGAGUGAGGACAGCGAAGCCCUCACUGUACAGUCAGAUGAGAGUCAGCCUGAAGCAAAGGCUGUGGAGGACACAGCAGUGGAUUCAUCAGAACAACCAUCCUCAGGAUGAGGACUAAAUGCAGUAAAUGAAAAUUUCAGUGGUCCACAGACCAGGACAGGAGGUAAGCUGAGGCAAGAGAAGACAUCAGGUGUAAAGGACGACUGUUGACUAAAUUAAAGAGACUAUUGGGGACACAUUUGGAGCCCUGCCUCAAAUUCAUUCAAACAGCCUGCUAUAUUGUUCAAUUAUUCCUCAUUGGUUGGGACUAUCUGCUGUUGUCAAGCUGUGCUGAUGCUGCUUUUAUUAGAUCAGUAUCCAGAACAUAUAUUUUACCUGGGAUUAAUCAGUAAAGCAUGCUAUGCUCAAACCAUGAGAUAAAAGUUUUUAAGACCGAGGGAGAAGUGCCUGUUCCCUAUUAGCCUCAUUAUAAAUGUGUUUUUAUCCAACCUACCUAUAGACCACAAUAAUACUAUCCCCUUGUAAGUGACAUUUGUCACAACUGCAUGCAGAUACAUGAUAUCUGAGGACAAGGUUUGUGUUUUAGAUUCUCUAAUGUUCAUAAGCCUAAGCAUGGAUUGAACUGGAGCCUAUUUGCUGCUGAGAAAGUCGGAGAACAGGCAUGCUUCACAACAUUUGUAAACUAAGGCAUUACACUUUUUUCAGGGCUAUGUCUUGAAGCAAUUAUGUGAUCAACAGUCUGAUAUUACCUACAUGAAGACAAGCAACAUAAAUGAUUAUUGCCCUAUACAUUAUGGUCGGAUAGACCAAUGAAAAUCAUGGUAAAAAUUCCAGGAAUUUUAAUAAGGAAGAUUGAACAACCGAAAAAAAAGAAUUGUGUAUCUCAAAACAAAUAUAAAGCUGGUUUAUGUACUUUGUUUUUUUUUUUUAAAUAGUUUGUUCGUGCAUCAGAUAUGUUUAGUAUUUUUAUGCAGCAGGGUAUUGGUAUAUUUGUUAAAGUGUAUCCCUGAGUUUGAAUGAAUUGAGCUGGAGCUUGAAAACUUGCAAUAUCUGUAAAUGGUUAAAAAUGACAGACAUUCCAAUGCUUUGUAUGAGUGCGUAUUACUCUCUUCACAAUGUGCAUUGUGUAUCCUUGUUAUUUAUUCAGCUUGUGGAGUAGAAAGAAUCAUGACAUUUGUGAUUGUAUUGUCCCUACUGUAUUUCCCUGCAGAUGAAAUGGCUUCCUGUUUGUUUGGGGUAGAAAAUGUAAAUGUAGGGCUUUUAAUUUGGUUUGCCUCUUGUAGGAGGUUUGGUUUUUUCAGCUGUGCACGUUGCAUGAUACCGAAGUGUUUUUCAUCUUCGACUACUUGCUGUCAAGUCUUUCUAAGGUUACUAAAGAUAUUUUGGUUGCUAUUAUCUACUUAUAAUUAUGUGUGACCAGUAAGCAAGUGCAACUAUUUCUGUACUUUGUAAUCUGUCAUAUCAAAUAUAUGACAUAUUUACCUUAUGUCUUAGGUAUUUAUAAUUUAUAAGUAUAAA